CCCCUCCUUACACCCCUUUAUACCUCACACUAGAGCCCUAUAUUAUUUGCUGCAUUCACUGUAAUUCUCACUAAAUCAAAAUUUUCUCUCCUUUUAGAUCUUUCAAACCUUUUUCUUAGCAAUGGCAUCUGACAAGAAGAUCAAGAUCGGAAUCAACGGAUUCGGUAGGAUCGGUCGUUUGGUGGCUAGAGUUGCUCUACAAAGAGAUGAUGUUGAACUAGUUGCAGUGAACGAUCCAUUUAUCUCUACUGAUUACAUGACAUACAUGUUUAAGUAUGAUUCCGUACAUGGACAAUGGAAGCACCAUGAACUUAAGGUUCAGGACGAAAAGACCCUUCUCUUUGGUGAGAAGUCCGUUAAAGUCUUCGGAAUCAGGAACCCUGAAGAAAUCCCAUGGGCUGAAGCUGGUGCUGACUUUGUUGUUGAAUCAACUGGUGUCUUCACUGACAAGGACAAAGCUGCUGCUCACUUGAAGGGUGGUGCCAAGAAGGUUGUGAUCUCUGCUCCUAGCAAAGAUGCCCCCAUGUUUGUUGUGGGUGUCAACGAGAAGGAAUACAAGUCAGAAUUGAACAUUGUCUCCAAUGCUAGUUGCACUACAAACUGCCUUGCACCUUUGGCUAAGGUUAUCAAUGAUAGGUUUGGCAUUGUUGAGGGUCUCAUGACCACUGUCCACUCCAUGACUGCCACCCAGAAGACUGUUGAUGGUCCAUCCAUGAAGGACUGGAGAGGUGGAAGAGCUGCUUCAUUCAACAUCAUUCCUAGCAGCACUGGUGCUGCCAAGGCUGUUGGAAAAGUGCUCCCAGUUCUGAACGGCAAAUUGACUGGAAUGGCCUUCAGAGUUCCAACUGUUGAUGUUUCUGUUGUGGACCUUACUGUAAGACUAGAGAAAGAAGCCACUUACGAAGACAUCAAGGCUGCAAUCAAGGAGGAAUCAGAGGGUAAGUUGAAGGGUAUCUUGGGAUACACUGAAGAUGAUGUUGUUUCCACAGACUUUGUUGGUGACAGCAGGUCAAGCAUUUUCGAUGCCAAGGCUGGAAUUGCUUUGAGCAAGAACUUUGUGAAACUUGUGUCAUGGUAUGACAACGAAUGGGGUUACAGCUCACGUGUGAUUGAUUUGAUCUGCCAUAUGGCUUCAGUUGCUUAAGCUUUUGAUGCUGGAGAAGGGUUAAGUUGUUUAGUUUUUGGUUGAACCAUUGGAGUAUUAGUUUCUGGCCGAGAGUGGUCUUCUUGUUUAAAUGUAAUGCAAUAACCAGAGAGGAAUCGUGUUUUCUUUGAGGAAUCUUGGGCUUUUUUUGGUUUGAUUUGUCAUGAAUGAAUGAAAACUUUGCUUUUUCCGA